GUAGAAACCAUUCCACCUGUAAAAAUCAAAACUCGAAAAAACCUUCUUCUUCUCAAACUUUCCAGACAUUUCCUCUUUCUCCCUUCAUAUUCGCAUAAGCACCAUGUCUCCUCUCCAUCCAAUCUCUCUCCCCUCACUGAAUCCUCGUAACAAUGGCUUCUCUCUUCGUCUCUGCUCCCUCUGGAUCCUAUCACCACUUGCAUCAUCAUCAUCAUUUGUGCGGCAGAAACGUCUUUUCUCUCAGACCCAUAUCGCUAAAACCUUCAGAACCCUGGGGAAAUAGAUCAUACACAUCGAUACGCAGAAACCCUUUGAGAUUUUCCUUGAGACAUGAGCAAGAGCGUGAACCGACGAAGGACGAUUCUUCUCCGGUGGCGGUUGCGACCGAGGAAGGCAACAAGAACGAAGCUCCGCCGUCACCGGUAAGCGAUGAAGAAGAGGAGAAGAUGAAGCAGCAAGAGAUGGAUUGGAAGACGGACGAGGAGUUCAAGAAGUUCAUGGGAAACCCAUCGAUCGAAGCCGCCAUUAAGCUCGAGAAGAAGAGAGCUGAUCGGAAGCUGAAGGAGCUGAACAGAGAGAGCAGCAGUGGGAAUCCGAUCAUUGCGAUAUUCAACAGCCUGGUGCGCGAUAGUUUGACCAGAGAGAAGGAGAGGCUUGAGAAGGCAGAGGAGACUUUCAAGGCUCUUGAUCUCAACAAGUUAAAGAGUUGUUUCGGUUUCGACACAUUCUUUGCAACUGACGUUCGUAGAUUUGGAGAUGGAGGUAUUUUCAUUGGGAAUCUAAGGAAACCCAUUGAAGAGGUCACUCCCAAGCUUGAGGCAAAGCUCUCUGAAGCAGCUGGCCGGCCAGUUGUUGUGUGGUUCAUGGAAGAGAAGUCAAAUGAGAUCACCAAACAGGUAUGUAUGGUGCAACCGAAAGCCGAAAUAGAUCUGCAGUUUGAAUCUUCUAGGUUGAGCACUCCCUGGGGGUAUGUCAGUGCAAUCGCCUUGUGUGUUGCGACUUUCGGUACCAUUGCUCUUAUGAGUGGUUUCUUCCUCAAACCCGAUGCCACCUUCGACGACUACAUCGCUAACGUAGUCCCCCUUUUUGGCGGGUUCCUCGCCAUUUUGGGCGUCUCCGAGAUAGCAACCAGAGUUACGGCUGCUCGUUAUGGUGUUAAACUAAGCCCGUCGUUUCUGGUGCCAUCCAAUUGGACUGGAUGCCUCGGAGUUAUAAACAACUACGAGUCGUUGCUUCCGAACAAGAAGGCGUUAUUUGAUAUUCCUGUGGCACGUACUGCAAGUGCUUACCUCACUUCGCUUGUUCUUGUGGUUGCUGCUUUUAUAUCUGAUGGUAGUUUCAAUGGCGGUGACAAUGCAUUGUAUAUAAGGCCACAGUUUUUCUACAACAAUCCUUUGUUAUCUUUCAUCCAAUUUGUCAUCGGCCCUUAUACCGAUGACCUCGGGAAUGUGUUACCUUACGCGGUUGAAGGGGUUGGAGUUCCCGUCGAUCCACUCGCUUUCGCCGGUCUUUUGGGCAUGGUGGUGACAUCUUUGAACCUAUUGCCGUGUGGAAGACUCGAAGGAGGCCGGAUUGCUCAAGCCAUGUUCGGUAGAAGCACGGCUGCUCUCUUAUCGUUUGCCACUUCCCUUCUGCUCGGUAUAGGAGGCCUCAGCGGAAGUGUCUUGUGUCUGGCCUGGGGAUUAUUCGCAACAUUCUUCCGGGGUGGGGAAGAAGUACCCGCAAAAGAUGAGAUUACCCCUCUCGGGGACGACAGGUUCGCUUGGGGCCUCGUCCUCGGCCUCAUCUGCUUUCUUACUCUCUUCCCCAACGGCGGAGGUACUUUCUCCACCUCGUUCUUCAACGGACCCUUCUUCCGCGGCGACCUCUAGAUGUAUGUGUAUAUAUAGCCAGCCAGUCUAACUCUCAUAUCACACCCUAUCUCAGUUUGGUACUGUAUAUAUAUAUAUAUAUAUAU